AUGUUCAGGUGCCAGUUCAAUGGCAUCAAAGCCCUAUCUCGAUCAAUAUCAUUCACAUUGCGCAAACCGGCACCCUCAACACUUUCGCGGGGGGUGUUGGUUUUUCCAUCCAGCAUUAACAAAACAGUUCCCUUUGGACCUCACUCACAGCCAAAAAAGGAACUAAAAUGUUUUUUCUCAUCUACAGCUCUGGGAAGUGCCCGAGCAAGAUUUCGCACUACGCAAAAAGAACCCCCCCCCCAACCCCCGCUGGAGCCUGAACCGGCGCCAGAGUACCACGACCCGCCAGAUCUCCCACCAAAUGAACCAAAGAGAAAGGAACCUGGCAGUGGCCUAGUAAAAAUCUUCCUAGCGAUCACAGUGCCGAUCUUACUUCUCUCCGUGUCUGGCGAUUUCGUGAGAAUGACUGUGACACGAGAGGAGGUCUGCGAGGCGCUGGGAUUGGAUCCUACAGUGAGACCGGGGCCGAAGUACUACGAUGAGUACAUCCGACGGUACAAACCAGAGAAGGUUUUCUGGCUGAAUCUGUCGGAAAAGAUUAAGCUGAACUUCAGCUUCUGCGCACAUAAUGCUGUGGGUGAAGGUGAAUCGUUCAGGUGGUGGACGCCGUUGACUGCGCAAUUCAACCAUGGGGGACUUUUACAUCUGUUUGUGUGCUAUACCACUCUCAAGGCGUUCGCCCCAGUGCUAGUUCAGCUAUACGGGAACCGUGUGACAGGAACAAUAUUUGUGGCAGGCGGGAUCAUGGCACAGGCAUUUGUGGCCCUCUUUGAAAAAUCUGUGAACCCAUUCGUGGCGAUGUCGCAAGAAAAGAUAUUAAACAAGGUUAAAUCCGGCCUCACGAAGGACGAGGAAAGCCAGCUGCGACGGGCAAUAUCAUUCGCAAUGGGUAGCAGCACUUCUCUGAUGGCAAUGGGCACCAUCUGCGCAAUCGUAUGGCCGGCAAUGAAAUUGAACCUGAUGUUCAUUCCUAUCGGUAUCCCGAUCAGAACGGCCUUGGGCGCCGUUGUGGCGUUCGACAUCGGCGGAAUGUUUUAUGAUUACGGGAUCCCGAUUGGUCAUUCAGGUCAUAUAGGCGGCGCUAUUGCUGGUGUUAUUAUGUAUGCGCUGUGGAUCAGGAAACUGCCGACUGUCUUUCAGCGUCGCAUUGCCCAGGCGAUGAAUGGGAGGGGAAUUAAUAUACGGUAA